CACCGGGUGGCAGUCCAACACUUCGACAUCGAAAGCCGUUGUUGCCGCAUUGCCGUGUGUCGUCGUGUGCGCGGGUAGCUCAUAGAUCGUAAUAAUACAUUAUAAACUGAAAAUAUUAUAUUAUAUUAGACGAUAUUAUAAGCUCGCUGCCCCGACGCACACACACUCUGCGACGAUUCGUUUUCCGGUGUUUUCGGGGUUGUUUCCGAUCCACCCAGACGCGCAUAGUCUUGUUUUCCCGACGCCGCAUUAGUCCCGGGAUAGUAAGUUUUUCGCGUCCGUGGACCGUCAUUAAUCGCGUGGUUAUUGGCUGCAUUUUCGUAUACAAACAUAGUUCACGUAAUAGCGUAACGUCACAAUCAACAUGCAAGCGAAGAAUAUCAAAUCCGUGAUAAUAGCUUUAGUCCUGGCGGCCAUCAUCUGUACGGCUGCGGGGAAGCCCGCGAAAACCAGCAGACUGGCUAAAUACACGACGCUAUGCAAGCUUUCAGACCCAAAAUUAAGCCAAUGUUUGACUAGUUUAAUGCAAGAUAUUUUAAAGCACGCUAAAACAGGUAUACCUGAACUUAACAUACCCACGUUGGAACCAUUUCUCAUUCAAGAAAUUGAUUUAAAAAUAUUCCAAGGAUUGGGUGCUUCUAUUUUCGGAGGCACGAUUCAAAGAUCCGAUAAAUCUAAGGCGUUUGCACGUAAUUUAAUUAUCCAUCAUUCAUCUGAAUUAGAUAUUCACGAGGUUAAAGUGGAUAUUAAAAAGAACGAAAUUUUCAUCGACUUAACUUUCCCAAAACUUGAAAUAGAAGGAGAGUAUGACGUAAAUUUAAUUAUGUUUAAUAUGCCAAUUAAAAGCACAGGACCCGUAUUCAUAAACGCCACUGAGAUUGCAGUCAAAGCUACAUUGAACGGAAAAACGAUAAAAAGGAAGAAUGUGUCUCAUUUAUUAUUUGACAAUAUUGACAUCAAAGUUGACUUUAAAGACUACUCAAUAUCGAUUCAAAAUUUGUUCAAGAAAGAUCAAAAUCUAAACAGAGCAUUAAACGAUUUGAUCAAGAGCCAAAAAGCUGAGCUAAGGAAACUAACGAUGCCAAUGAUUGAAGAACUAGCCGGUAAAAUGGUACUUUCUAUGAUUAAUCAAAUUUUGACCGGUUUACCGAUUGAAGAAAUUUUUGUAUCAGAGUAGUGUCUGGUAUUAUACCAUAUUUAAUGGUUUACAUUAAAUGUAUUUAUUCUUGAUUUAUUUUUCUGUUAUGUGUAUUUAAUAACUU